AUGUUCGAGCGUCGAGCUGCGGAUCGAUACCAUCUGCGAAUGCACCGUGCCCGCUCGGCGGUGCUGACUUCAGAUGAGAUUGUUGAGGUGCGCGCAGCUCAACGAACCUUCGAAGGUGCCUAUGUCCGAACCGCUCUCUCUCAGUUCUCCUUUGCCCUCGUCGUACUUAAGAUUUUCACCGCCGAAUUCUACAGUAUCGGCGCGCUAUUCGCCAUUUACGGGACCGGAGUCUUGAUCAUUGGACUGUUUCGCCGCUCUCAGGGUAAUCGCCAGUUCUUUUCGGAGCUCGGAGAAGAUGGUAUUCAUCGUCAUAAAUUCCGGACCAGUGGAAAUGCGGUGGUGGUCUUGACCGCACUGAGUAUUGCGGCAUACGUGUGCUUGAUCGGUCUGACACUUACUCUGCAAAACUGA